GCGACCGGCCUGUCCUUUGCAGCAGCCACUACCACCCUGAAAAAGAACACCGCCAACCCCGUUGAUUUUAAAACAACAGCCCGCAGCAUGCAUUCCAAGGUCGUCAUCAUCGGCUCCGGCCCUGCCGCCCACACCGCCGCCGUCUACCUGGCGCGCGCCGAGCUCAAGCCCGUCCUCUACGAGGGCUUCAUGGCCAACGGCAUCGCCGCCGGCGGCCAGCUCACCACCACCACCGACGUCGAGAACUUCCCCGGCUUCCCCGAGGGCGUCAUGGGCGGCGAGCUCAUGGAGAAGAUGAAGGCCCAGUCCGCCCGCUUCGGCACCGAGAUCAUCACCGACACCGUCGCCAACCUCGACCUCUCCUCCCGCCCCUUCAAGUACUCGACCGAGUUCUCCCCCGACGAGACCCACACCGCCGACGCCAUCAUCCUGGCCACCGGCGCCUCCGCCCGCCGCCUCAACCUCCCCGGUGAGGACAAGUACUGGCAGAACGGCGUCUCCGCCUGCGCCGUCUGCGACGGCGCCGUCCCCAUCUUCCGCAACAAGCCCCUCUUCGUCAUCGGCGGCGGCGACUCCGCUGCCGAGGAGGCCAUGUUCCUCACAAAGUACGCCAGCCACGUCACCGUCCUCGUCCGCCGCGACGUCCUCCGCGCCUCCCAGAUCAUGGCCAAGCGCCUGCUGGCCCACCCCAAGGUCACCGUCCGCUGGAACUCCGUCGGCUCCGAGAUCAAGGGCGGCGCCGACGGCCUCAUGAGCCACCUCGUCGUCAAGGACACCGUCACCGGCAAGGAGGAGGAGGUCGAGGCCAACGGCCUGUUCUACGCCAUCGGCCACGAGCCCGCUACCACCCUCGUCAAGGGCCAGCUCGAGACCGACGCCGAGGGCUACAUCGUCACCAAGCCCGGCACCCCCCUGACUAGCGUCGAGGGUGUCUUCGCUGCCGGCGACGUCCAGGACAAGAGAUACAGACAGGCCAUUACCAGUGCAGGCUCCGGCUGCAUGGCCGCCCUGGACGCCGAGAAGUUCAUCGCCGAGCUCGAGGACGGCGACGUCAAGGACAACAAGCAAUGA